AUGUUAUCGGCCGCAAGACGUGAUAGUCAUCCUGGGUUAAAUGAAUUGGAUUUGGGGGUCAAGACGACUGUAAUUGAUUUCGCUCGGUCACGCGUCCUCAAUGCGCGCAGUGACCAAGGUAGUUUGCAAGAUGUCCUGGGAAAGAACGAGGCCUCCAUCGCCAUGAUUAGUGAUGCUGACCAUGAGCUCAUUAUCAGCCUCGUCUUCAAAGACCCCACGACCAUUACCAACGUAACGCACCUAGCGGACCCCCCAACUAGCGGACCCCCCAACUAG